AUGCCGGGAUACCUCCGAAGGCCUUCACCAUCACCACCACCACCAAACCCCGUCGCUCCGCCAACUCCACCUCCUUUUCCUCUUCGUCAUCCUCCACCUUAUGGCAUCCGUUUUCCUCCUCCUCCUCCUCCUCCAUUAUGGCCUCCGUUUCCUGUACCACCCUAUCCACAGCGACGUCCGGGAAGACCAGCUAUGGUUCAUCCUCCUCCUCUACCCCCAGAAAUUUUGGCACUUAUUAUUGGACAACCACCAGCACGAGUGUUUCUUGCACUUUUUCUUCCCUGUGUUGGUAUGAGCGUUGUUUUUCUUGUCUACAUCUGUUUAGUUUGGUAUGCAGCAACUUACCACCACUCUAGUACCCAUCAAGAUCAACCUGUGAAGCCCACAAAAGAAAAUGGUCUUUCAGCUGAACAACUGGAUAAACUCCCCAAAAUCACAGGCAAAGACUUAGUUUUAAGCAAUGAUUGUGCAGUAUGUUUGGAGAAUAUUGAAAGUGAACAAUUUGUGAGAUUGGUUCCUGGUUGUAAUCAUGGAUUCCACCUUGAAUGUGCUGAUAUGUGGCUUUUAAAACACCCCUUUUGCCCUGUUUGCAGAAGCAAACUUAAGUUAGAGCUUUUCAAUGAUUCUGAAUGCAACCCCUGCUGA